AUGUUGCAGAAGUAUUUCUGCUUCAGGAUAAUGCGUCUCUGGCUGUGGGGGUCCAAGGGCCUCUGGGCUGCUUUGGUAGUCUUCGUGACCAUUGGAUUAGCUUUCCAGAUUUGGCGAGGGCCCUUCCAGAAGAGGCCUCCUGGGCUAUAUUUUCCCCAACUGUGGACUUCUACCUCUGACUCCCCUGGCUCUUCUUUGGUCCCAUCCUGUCACCCCCAGCAGCAGCUUGUUUUCCUGAAGACACAUAAAUCUGGGAGCAGUUCUGUACUAAGCCUUCUCCACCAGUAUGGGGACCGGCAUAGCCUACGCUUUGCCCUGCCUGUUCGAUACCAAUUUGGAUACCCAAAGUCCUUCCAGGCUACUACAGUCAAAGGUUACCUCCCCCAUGGUGGGGGACCCCAGCCUGCCUUCCACAUCCUCUGUCACCACAUGAGGUUCAACCUCCCAGAGGUACUCCGGGUCAUGCCCUCUGACAGUUUCUUCUUCUCCAUUGUCCGAGACCCUGCGGCAGUGGCAAUUUCUGCCUUCUCCUACUACAAAUCUGUAUCAUCUGCCUUCCGUGCAGCACCAUCUCUGGCUGCCUUCCUGGCUUCACCACGAGCAUUCUACCGGCAAGGGGGACGUGGGGACCACUAUGCCCGGAACUUGCUCUGGUUUGAUUUUGGCCUUCCUUUACCCCGAGAAAUGAGAGCAUUGAAGAGGCAUCCCAAACCCCUCAAAAGAACCCAGUCCUCAGGUGUACAAAUAUGGCCAUCUAGCUCUGUAUCCAGGCCCUCAAAGCCUGACCCCAACUCCCUUCUCAAACCUCCUUCCCAUCCCAAAUCCCAUGUUCAAUCAGCUGACCAUUCCAUGUCCCUCAGUCCUUCUGCAACAGAUUCAGUAUCUUCAUCCUUCAUCCAAUGGGCUCUGGCCUGGCUAGACUCAACUUUUGACCUGGUCUUGGUGGCAGAAUACUUUGAUGAGUCAUUGGUCCUUCUGGCAGAUGCCCUGUGCUGGGGCCUGGAUGAUGUGGUAGGCUUUGUACACAAUGCUCAGGCAACUGGUAUGAAGAGUGUGAAAGGUCAUAAGGAGGUCAAAGAUCAAGGUGAAAUCAAGGAUAAGCAAAUGAUUGCAAGGGCUAGAGCUUGGAACAACUUAGACUGGGCUCUCUAUGUUCACUUCAAUCACAGCCUGUGGGACCGUGCAGACCGUUAUGGGAGGGUGAGGCUUGCUUCAGCAGUAGCCAAACUUAGGGCUCGUAGGUCAGCUUUGGCAUCCCGAUGCCUUUUGGGGGGAGGAGCUGUGGACCCUAGUCAAAUAGCUGACCUCCAGCUCCGUCCUUUCCAGUUUGGGGCACGGGGGGUUCUGGGCUAUGUACUAAGAAAGGGGCUAACCCGCCAAGACCAAGAAGAGUGUGAGCGCCUUGCUACCCCAGAGCUGCAGUAUAAAGACAAGCUGGAUGCCAAACAGUUCCCCAAAGCUGUUCAGUCACUCUCUCCUAAUGCCACAAACCCAGGCCCUAAAGGCAGCUGAAACUAAAAGGAGAUACACAGAUGAAAUAAUGGUUGGAGUAGCCAAAACGGAAAAAGAAUAGGAAAAUCUGCUGCUGUAGAUCAUACAGCUCCCUGGGAGCAGGGCAGCACACUGCCUCCAAGGCCUCCAACUCUUCACCAUUCCCCUUAGGGUUCCAGAUGUCUACCCCUACCCCUUAUCACCUCCUAUCCUUUUUACUUCCUUUUCUAGUCCCAUGGCAGGCUCCAUGUAGCAACCCUCAACUCCCUGGAAGGACCAAAAGGUUAA